AUGGACUCCUUUGCCGAACCGCGUAGGCUUGCCGACGGCGCCAUCUCUCUCAUCGACGUCCGCACCCAGGUCACGCAGCUCGAGAACGACCUCCGCUCAAAAGACGUCCCGCUUUCCGGACGCAUCAUCCAGGUCUGCCACUACCUCCCCGUCAUCGCCUCCUUUGCCCGCCGCCCCACGCCCUCCGACAUCCCAAGCCCUCCAGCGACACCCCCUGCGCAUGCGUCCGACAUCCCCCCUUCCCCCACCGCCGAGCAAGCGCCCGCCGUUGAGCAACCGGUCGAGCCCUCCUCCCGCUGGGCCUUCCGCUCUCGCUAUGGCCACUCGGCCAUGGUGAGCGGCAUCGACUCGCUUUCCGAGACUCACGACCAAGUCUUCGUCGGCUGGACUGGCGACAUCGAAUGUGCGACGCCCUCCUCCGCCGACGGCGAGUCGUCGGACGCUCCGACGAACAAGAUUCCGGCCUCGUCGGUCUCUGAAGAAGACCGAGCAGAGUUUGACAACGCCCUCCGUCAAUACGCCUCGCGCGACGAGAACAAGAGCACCAAGGAGAUGCAGCACGUGCCCGUCUGGCUCGACGAUAAGGACGCGCACGGCCACUACGACGGCUACUGCAAGCAAACAUUGUGGCCGCUCUUCCACUACCUCCUUUGGCAAGACGUUGCGACCGAGUACGCAUCGGCUGACUCGCACUGGGCGCCUUACUCCGCCGUCAACGCCGUGUUUGCCCGUCGCGUAGCCGAGAUCUACCAGCCCGGCGACUUGAUCUGGAUUCACGACUAUCACCUGCUCCUCGUCCCGUCGCUCAUCCGCCAAACCCUCCCGGAUGCCUCUGUCGGUCUUUUUGUUCACACGCCCUUCCCGAGCUCCGAGGUCUUCCGUUGCCUCCCUCGCCGCAAUGAGAUCCUCGACGGAAUGCUCGGUGCCAACCUCAUCUGCUUCCAGACUUACUCCUACUCGCGUCACUUCACUUCGUCGUGCAUCCGUGUCUGCGGAUACGAGGUCACUUCAAGAGGAGGAAUCGACGUCCAAGGUCACGUUGCCGCAAUCAGCUACUCCCCUGUGGGCGUCGACGCAGACCGCGUCGCGAAGGAUAUCCUCCGCCCGGGGAUCCAGCCUAAACUUGAGGCUCUCCGUACCCUUUAUGAGGGCAAGAAGAUCAUCGUCGGUCGUGACAAGCUCGACGUCGUCAAGGGCGUCGUUCAGAAGCUUCGUGCCUUCGAGAAGCUGCUCCAAGACUAUCCGCAGUGGAUCGGGAACGUCGUCCUCAUCCAGGUCACCUCACCCGCGCUCUCGGAUUCUCCCAAACUCGAGCGCCAGGUGUCCGAGCUGGUCGCGCACAUCAACGGAGAGUACGGUUCGCUCGACUUCAUUCCCGUCCAUCACUACCACCAGACCAUUAAGAAGGACGAGUUCUACGCUCUGCUCUCGGUAGCAGACCUGGGCGUCAUCACCCCCCUCCGUGACGGCAUGAACACUACGUCCAUGGAGUUCGUCAUCUCGCAGGAGCGCACGAAGAAGAGCCCACUCGUCCUCUCCGAGUUCAUGGGUAUCUCGAGCAACAUGACGGAUGCGAUGCAGAUCAACCCGUGGAACUUGAGCGAGGUCGCCGCGGCCAUGCACCGUGGACUGUCGAUGUCCGAAGAGGAGAAGCUCAGCCGGCACCAGAGCCUGUACAAGAUCCGCCUAGGCUCGUCGAACAUGGCCCGUCAGACGCCGUUCAUGCCCAAGGCCCACCUCGAGUCGCGCUACAUGCAGGCCAAGAAGCGCCUCUUCCUCUUCGACUACGACGGCACGCUCACCCCGAUCGUCAAGGUGCCGAGCGCGGCGGUUCCGUCGAAGGACACGCUACUCGCGCUCGAGACGCUCACCGCCGACCCCGCAACGUCGUGGCUCGGAAUGUCAGCGGAACACGGCGGCUUCAUCCGGGAGCCCGGGCAGGCGACGUGGAGCAACUUUACGGAGAGCCUCGACAUGAGCUGGAUGGCCGACGUGCUCGAGAUCUUCAAGUACUACACGGAGCGCACGACCGGGUCGGCGAUCGAGGUCAAGAAGAGCGCUAUCACGUGGCAUUACCGCUCGGCGGAUCCUGAGUGGGGUCUGUUCCAGUGCCACCAGUGUCAGGACCUGCUGGAGAAUAACCUGGCCCGCAAGCGUCCCAUCGAAGUGCUCGUCGGGAAGAAGAACCUCGAGGUGCGCCCUCUCGCGAUCAACAAGGGGGAGAUCACGCCCGCGAACACGCGCGUGACGCUCGAGCCCCCGCUGUCGGUGACGCUGCUCGCGAAGGACAAGGAGGCGUUCACGCCGGUCGAGCUCGCGAUCGAGCGCGACGCGAUCUUCACCACCGCCGUCGGACACUCUUCCAAGCGCACGCUCGCGGUUUGGCACGUCACCACGCCGGAGGAGGUCGUCGAGCACAUGCUCCACCUCGUGCGCGACGUGAUCCCCGAGGACGCGCGCCCGGCGCUCGCGGACGCGCCGGAGCCCGAGCCGUCGAGCAGCCACCUGUGA